AUGUAUAAAUAUAUCUAUACUAAAUGUGUAUGUGUAGAGUGGAAAACUAAGAGAGAUUAUUUCACCGAGGAGAUCUUAAAACGUUUCAAGAAAGCAGAACAAAUAAGAUUCAAAAAUAGAAACCAAAUAUAUACAAAAUCACUAAAACAGUAUCUGGCUGAUUUAAAUUGUAAAAGUAAGAACCCAGGAUCAAGAGCAAGAUGUAAUGAAACUACAACGGACUGUAAAUGCAUCAAAAAAACAUUUUCUGCAAAUUCACUAGCCAACUCGUGUAUUUAUGAAGAUGAUUUAAUAAAUUGUAUCGGUUCAAGCUACAAAGAUAGAGAAUUUAUAAUUGAAAGGAAACCGAAAUCCAAAGAUAUCAUGAUCUGCCCAUCUGAUCCUAAAUGGAAGAUUCAUGAUGAAAUUAUAAAAGAAGAUAAAGAUCAAAAUAGUCUAGAUCAAGGCCUUUAUGAUAAAUUUCUUAAGGAAAAGACAAGACUGUCUGAAUCUACAAUUGAAAAGGUUCUAAAAACUUUUGGAAAGAACCCAAUUAAUGAUGUGUUCUCAGAUUUAUAUUAUUAUAACACUCGUAGAAGGGAGACUAUCGAAAAUGAUGAGGAAUAUAAACACAAAGAUCAAACAGAUUAUUGUGAUUAUUUCAAUAUAAUACAGGAAGUCCAUGGUCUUAAUUUUUCUAGAGGAAAAUGUCCAGGAACUUUUAAAAGGUGUGAUCCUAAAGAACCAUAUUCCCAUUGCAAAUUCGUUAAAAAACGAUAUUAUAAAACAAAAGGGGAAGAAUUUUACUUGGAAUUUGAAGACUUUUCAUUAUCAAGUAUAUUUUCGGUAUACUUAGAGAAAGAGGAUAAUAAAUGCGGCCAAAGUCAAACAAAUUCUAAAAAUGAAGAAGAAAAAAAUAUGUUCUUGAAGGUUAAAAUAUAUAAUGAAAUUGACUUCCCACCAAGGAGGUUUUUUAAUCUGGGACCCUUUGGGCCUUUUGAUACUGAAGGCAAAAUGAAAGUGUGUGCAUGCUCAAAUUAUACUAAAGAUAAAAUAUAUUCAUGUGUCAAAUUGGAAGAUUAUGACCUUGAAAUAGGAGAAUUAAUAAUAAGAGAUAAAAUUGACUUUAAGAAUGAAGAAAUUUACACUCUAAGCGAUGUUGAGAUUAAAUUAGAAAAUCAAAAGGCAUUCAUGAUUGAAUCUAAAAUGAUCAAUGGAGAUUGCACAAAUAUUUCCGAAAAAUAUAAAAUAGAUUGGAAAAACUCAAUUGUUGAAGAAAUGCCGAAUCUAUCAGAGCACAUUUUAUAUAAUAAAAACAAUAGAAUUGAAACUAAGACAGUAUUAACACCAUACCAAGGAGGAAAAUUCAAUGUAUGCCUUAUCAAUUUUGAAAACGCUGAAAUAAUAACACAACCUGUAAUUUACAUAGUAAAAGGGGUUAAAAAUAAUGUAAAUGUCGUAGCAUAUUGCAAUUCAGAAAACAAAAUUGUUGUUCAGCCAAUAUUAGUUGAACUAAUAAAAAUGGAGAAAACUGAUAUAGAAUCAAUUUAUAUUUCAGAUUCAAAAGAUAGAUGCAUCUAUAAUGGUUUAGGUUCAUAUAAAGGGAGCGAAUAUGAAUAUAAUUCACCUAAUAAAGUAGAAGGAACCAAAUUUUUAUUAUAUACGGGAUUUAAAUUCGUUGUUGAAAAGGACUUUGAUGUAAAAGUUAUAUGUGCAAAAUACAAAAAUAAAUCUAAAGAUUCUGGUGUAGGUUACGUUUAUAAAAAACGAUAUGUGGACUUUAACCAAGAGAACUUUGAUAAAGUACUUGGUUUGGACGGUAUUCAACAUGAUUCUAUGUAUAACUAUGAGGUCAAAAAUAAGGAUCUGUUCAAGACAUGGAUUGAAAAGUUUAAAGGUACAUCUACUCAAGAAUCACCAAUUUUGAAGGAUGGUGAUCUUGAUUCCUUAUUUGAUAAGUAUUUUGAUGUAAUCCAGAUUAGGACCUUUAAUCAAAUGAAUCUUGUUACUUUGUGGAUAACGAACAAGGAUGAGAUAUUAAUGUUUCCAGUUUACAAAUUAACACUGGAAUCACCAUCAAAAAUAAGAAUGGCAGUUAUAUCUGGAAAAAUCUAUUGGUAUGUACUAAUGAGAGAGAAAAGAUUAAUUGUGAAAUAUGAUUUCACUGAAAUAAAAGAUAAGUAUGUAAUUGAAGAAACUACCAAUUAUAACAUUCACACACUGCAUAACCCAUCAGAUUUUGAACUUUUACAGAAUGGAGAAAGGGUUAGAAUAGUUUUGAUUGAUUCUUAUGUCUCUUGUAUAUUAUUGCUUAAUGAAUCUUUGACAAAAGUCAACUCAUUGGACAAAAAUAAUAAAGACGCUGGGAUAGUAAAUCCAACUUCUUUGUCCUGUACAAAAACUGGAGAACAAUCUAGUGUAUUUAACUGCUUUGUAACUGAGACCACAACUGAUGAAAUCGUGUGGUUCAGUGUUAAUAUUGAAAACGAUGAGCUUAAGUAUGUAUCGAGAUAUACAUCUGGCACCCAAGUAAACGAUGUUGACCCUAUACUAGGAUCAAUUGUAUCUUUAGAGACAUUAAAUUAUUCAGAUGCUAACCAUUCUGUUAUACUUCUGUUUAUUAUAAGGGAAAAUUAUAAAUACGGAGCUAUUUUAUCAGCAGACUCUAAAGAAAAUCAAAUAAACUUCUUAUCAACUAUAAACAAAAUUCCAGGUUAUUGGAAUUUGAAAUCCAUCAACGUUGCAUACAAUGGUCCAGUCCAAUAUAAAUUAUUUCUCACGAGGGAAAGUUAUAUAAAUGAUCCGAUAAUAAUCGGGAGUGAAAUCGAGGAUAUAUUCAAUAAGAUGAGGGAUAGAUCAAAUGUUAAAUGGGCAAUUACAUGGAUACCUUUAAUGGAAUUGAUAAGUCUUCCAGAACUGAAUUAUGACAUCAAAGGUCAUUUGACUAUUAAUGAAAUGCUAACAGUGAUGCCUCAAUUUAAGGAUAAUGAACUUUUAAACAAACGAAUAUACUUUUACAUCCAAGCAUAUAUCGACUCAAAAGAUUAUGUUGAUAGUAUAAUUAACAUAAAUAGUGUUACGGGAGAACUCAAAAUAAAUGUUAAUAAAGUUAAAUUCAAAGUACUCAAGUUUAAUAUAAUAUCAAAAAUUCUUGUAAUUGAGAAAAAGAGUGAAAUAUCUAUAAAAUUCAGCUGCCUAGAUGGAGAAUACUAUGAUAAUGGUUCUUGUUCAAAAUGCCCAAAAGGAUCAUACAAUUCUAUUGAAUUAGAACUCAAGAGUGAUACAUGGCUAGAGUGUAUACAGUGUCCAAAAGAUACUGUUACCGAGGCUGUUGGAUCAAAAUCCAUAGAUUAUUGUACAUGUGACAAAGGAUAUUCUUUCUUUGUGGAUCCAAAUACAAGAAAGGAAGUUUGCAUGCCAUGUCCACCAGGAACUUAUAAAUCUACACUUGGAUCUCAUCCUUGCAUUGGAUCAUGCUACAAAAACUCAAUUUCUAAAGUUGUAGGAAGUACUUCCGAAGACGAACGAAAGUGUGAAUGUUUGCCUGGAUUUUACUGGAAAGAUGACGAAAAUACAAAAGAAUGUUUAGAAUGUGAAAAGGGAAAUUAUUGCACUGGAGGAUUUAAAUCAAAGGCGAUCAAAUGCCCGGAAAACACCAGUUCAAAUUCUCGUUCUACUAGUAUUAAUGACUGCAAAUGUAAGGAAGGUUAUGAACCUAUUUGGGAUGAUGAAAAGGUAUCGAUUAUUGAGGAACCUGAAUCAGAAUCGAAGAAUACAUUAGAGUUUAAAUGUUUUCCAUGUAAAAAGAAUAUGUAUAAAGAUACAAAAUCUAAUGAAAAAUGUAAACAAUGUCCAAAAUAUUCGAACACAUUGGAAACAGGAAGUACAAAACUAACUGAUUGUAAUAUAUGUGAUGAGGGAUUUUUCGAAACAAAAAUAGAGAAUGAACCAUGCAGAAUGUGCAAGAAAGAUAGUUAUUGUGUAGGAUCAUUGUAUGAAGAUAAUAAAGGAAGAAGAAUAUCUGGAAAAAAUGCAUCAUGUCCUGAACAUUCGAUAACAAUAAAGCCUUAUAAUAAGAAUGUUAGUAUGUUGAAUUGUCUUUGUGUAGAGGGUUUUGUUCCUGUGACAUCUGGUUCAUCUGUGAAGUGUAUUCCUGCUCCAAAGGAUCACUACAAGGACGUUAUUGGGAAUGUUCCUGCUGUUCCAUGUCCUCACGGAUCUCUAACAAUGUCCAAUGGUGCCACUUCAAAGGAUGCCUGUGUUUGUGACAAGGGUACAUAUUUUGAUAUUGUUUCUAAACACUGUGCUAUUUGUCCUGCUGGUAAAUAUUGUUUGGGUGGUAAGGAUGAUAAGAUGAAUGAUAGGCAGCCUAUGGAGUGUUCAGAUUCCAAUGCUCAAACUAAGGCUCCAGGUGCAUCUUCAUCAUCAGAGUGUGCUUGUAAGGAAGGAUAUUAUAUGGAUGUAGAUGCUCAGAACACGUGUAAGGAGUGUCCUGAGAAUCAUUAUAAAUCUUAUAUUUCAAACGAUAUGUGUUCUAGGUGUGACGAGAAUUCAUCUACUACUGGUAAGAAGGGUGCCACAUCUAAGGAGCAAUGUGUUUGUGACCCUGGAUAUUAUUUUGACAGAGGUUGUGUUUCUUGUAAUUUCAAUGACAAGUAUUGUCCUGGUGGUGUAAUUGAGAUUAAGGACGAUGUUGGUCGUUCUAGAGUUGUAACUCGGAGUCCGAUUCCAUGUCCACCAAACACUGAGAUUCCACCUGGAGUAGAUAAUGCUAGUUCAAUUAACUUUUGUAAAUGUACUAAGGGUUAUUAUUUUGUGUCAGAGGAUCUGGAGAAUAACAAGAAGGUAUGCAAUGCGUGUGCUCCAGGCACUUACAAAAGUUCAGUCAUGGAUUCGAGUUGUAAUGGGUUAUGUACUCAGAAUGCAACUAGUUUUCCUGGUGCCGAAAGUUCCAAUCACUGUUUCUGUCUAAUGGGUUACUUUUAUCUAGAAGGUGGUAUUUGUAGCAAGUGUAUGGAGGGAGCUAAAUGUGAGGGUGGAUUGAUUAAUUAUAAGAUGAAGACUCUUAAGAAUUUCGUUGUCAACAUUGAUGACCAUGUGAAGCCAGUUGCUGUUGAAGGUUACUUUUUGGAUAAGAUAAAUCCAAAAUUGAGGAAGCCUGAUGAUUGGAAAUUUAUCAAAUGUCCCAUUAAUGGUUCAUGUCUUGGAAAUGACAAAUGCUCAGAUACAAUGGAGCAUUAUUUGUGUAGUGAGUGUAAGAAGGGAUACACUAACAACUUUGUGAAGGGAGCUUUGUGUCAGAAAUGUCCUCGAAUGCGUCCAAACAUUUCCAUAACAAUCUUGUACUACUUUGGAUUAUUGCUUAUAAACAUAGUUAUGGCAAGACUGAAUAUAAGUUCAGGAUAUAACCGUAGGUCAAUACAUUCUGUUGUUAUUAAGAUUGCACUCAACUUUGGUAUCUGUACAUCUGUUGUGAAUGUUGUAAACUUCAGUGACUUGAAACUACCUGUGGGUUUGAGGAAGAUGAUAAACAAGUGGGUUAAGGUGUUUGAUUCCGAUGAUGCAGUGUAUUACACGUCAAUUGAUUGUGUAAUUAGAAGUUUAUUCAACCUAGAGCAUUCUGAUUCAUUUUUUUACACAAUGCUAUAUAUGGCUUGUUUCCCCUUGAUAUUAUUGUUUAUUGUGACUUUGAUGAUGUGGAUUAUUAUGGUCCUUUUUAAGCUUGUCAAGUAUAAUGAUAUUAGAAGGAAGUUGGCUUUAUUACAGCAGUUUAAGGCUAAGUAUGAGGGAGAUAAUCAAGAUAGUCUUAUUGAACAAUAUAGGAAUGAGAGGUUACUUAUGAUAUUAAGAUACAUUCCAUUACCAAACGAGACUUCAUGGGAUAGAUUUAAGAACUUUUUGGAAGAUAUGAUUCCCAUUUACGUCACAGUUUUGUUUUCUGUCCAUGGCAAGAUUACGAGUAGGUUGUUGAGUUUGUUGGACUGCACCUAUAUAGAUUUGGGUCGUUCAUUCCCAGGCAAAUAUGUGUUGAGACCUGCAAUGAGCAUAAGGUGUUCUAUUAAUCCUUCGGAAGGUUAUCUUAGAUAUUUGAUCUUAGGUUUGUGUGGAUUGUUGGUUUGGGGACUUGGAAUUCCAUUCUUGUCAUUCAUGGCACUGUUUGUCAACAGAAAUAACUUGUAUGCUCCCAGUAUAAGGAUGAAGUAUGGAUUUUUACACAAUGGUUUCAGGCAAGAUUAUUGGUAUUGGGAAACAGUAGUGUUUGCUCGAAAAUGCCUUGUUCUAGUUAUAGGUAGUAUUGUCAUUGUUCCAUCAGAAAACUACAGUGGAUCGAGAAUAUGGAUGGCACUGGUUGUAGCUGUAACAUUCUUGAUUCUUCAACUAAUAUACAAACCUUUUGACGAAAGGGACUAUUUCGUAUUAGGAAGGUUAGAAAAUCAUAGCAUGAUCACAUGGACAUUUACACUCAUACUAGUCUCAUUCAUAAUAGAAGCUAAUUUCACACCUUCUUACAAUAUGUCACUUCUUUCUUUUAUCGUUUUUAUAAACUUUUUGUUUUUAUUUGAACUUAUUUUUCAAUUGUUCGUUGCUUACUGUCAUAAUUUUAGAAUUCAGAACACUUCUCCUAAAUCAUUUUUCACGAGGUUUUUCUAUCAUUUUCUCACUAAAAUUUCAAACAAAAUAAAAAAUGCUGAACCUAUAAUAUAUUUUGACCCUUCAACUUGCACUACGAAUCUAAGAUCCUCUAAAAAGUUUAUCAACAAAUCAAUUUUUGAUAAUAUUGAUGUAAUUAGCUACAAUGAAAAGGAUUAUUUUUCAUAUGUAAUGAAUGAGAUUAUUUGUUUCGCAAAUAUCAGGAUGAAAUUAGAUGUAAUUCCUUGUGAUUUUCCUGAGUAUAUUACUAGAUUGACAUUUGCUGUUUAUUUUAAUGAAUCGUCGAAACAAAAAAUGAAUAACUUAGUAAAGUCAUUUGCAGAUGGUAAUAUUGACAAAUUGGUAAAUAUAUCAAUGAUAAACGACAAUUACAAUAAUCAACACAAAAAUAAUAAGAAGACUUAUAUUGAUGAUAAUAUAGUGGUUGACCCAUAUCUAAUGUUUGACAAUGAACUUCUUUCUAAAGGGAUGCCCCUUUCUGAUUUCUAUGUAGCUUUGUCAAUUAUAAAACUAAAGGAUUUGAGAUCAAUAGCUAAUACUUAUGUAUAUUUUAGAGAGUAUAAAAAUAAUGAAAAGAUAUUUAACUUGGGACGUGAAUCAAAAAAAUUGAAUGAUUUAGACGAAAUUGCUAAGAAAUUAAACGAACCAGACUCGUGCGAAAAUAUCGAGGAGUUAUUUUGUUCUGAAGCCGAGUUAGAAGAGCUUUAUAAAAAAAUUGAAGAAGUAGAAGAAAAAAUUCGUAUGUUCAAGAAAAAUCCGCUUAAUGCCUUGAAAAUUUAUUAUUCUGAUGAGUACUCACAUAUAGAAUCUGGAGAUUUUGAAAGUGAUUUGAUUGCGUUUGGAUUCAGGAAGAAGUCUGGAGAUCCACGAAUUUAA